AUGCUUCGCAGUGCUCUCAGUUUCACAGCAGCAGCAGCAGCCGCCGCAGCCGCGAGGACGACACGCUCUGCAGUCAAGAUGAGUGCUGGGGAUGUGGUCUGCGCCGGCUGGCUUAUUAAAUCCCCCCCGGAGAAGAAACUGAAGAGAUUUGCGUGGAGGAAACGCUGGUUUGUGCUGCGGAGAGGUCGCAUGAGCGGUAACCCCGAUGUGCUGGAGUACUAUCAGAGUAAGAACUCCAAAAAGCCAAUCCGCAUCAUCGACCUGAAAGAGUGCGAGGUGGAAAUGUUGAACGGGCAACUCAGGGUCAAGCGGGACUUCCAUGGGAAGCACCUGUUUGUGGUGAAGACUUCGUCCCGCGUUUUUUACCUGGUGGCCAAAACGGAGGAGGAGAUGAACAGCUGGAUCAACAGCAUCAGUCAGAUUUGCCAGUUCGGGAGCCUGGAGGAUGCAGAGAGCUCAGAAGAAGGCUUUCCCCAAACCCCCACCUCCCUUCAGCCGUCACCUGACUACCUCUUACUCACACAGUGUGAGACGGGGAGUAUAAGCACCAGUCGACAUGACAGCUUUUCAAACUCUGAGAUCUCUCUGGAGCAGAAGUCAUCGGACGAGGCUGUCAAGGACAUUGUCCCCUCACCUCUUUACACCGACUCCUCUUCAUCAUCCAUCUCUCAUCCCAGCCCCAGCCCAUCUCUUUUCCUGCAUGGGAGGUUGAGUAACCCUCCCCUCAGCGCUCCAUGCGCCUCCAUGGCCUUGCCGUCAUCCUCCUCCUCUCCACUACAUCACUGUGCCACAAGUGUCUUCCAGUUUGACAAACUUUAUUCCUCUGCAUCGCUUGAGGCGACGAGUGACAGACAGACGCCUCCCCCGCUGCCGCCCAAGCCCAAUCACCCAUCAGAGCAGAAAAGUGAUGAAAGCGCUCACAAGCCGAGACCAAUGAGCGCGCGGCAUUUCUCAAACCACGCUGCAUUAUUUCCCAGGAGGACCUCUUUGUCAGGCCUGGACCAUUUCAGAAUAGGAGAUGCUGAUAGUCGAUCGAUGAGGAACAGGAGGCAGAGUCUUAAUUUGCCUUGUUUAAGUACCGUACGAGUUCAAAGCUUCCAGGAUGAGUCAUAUGUCCCCAUGGCUUCCCCUUCUCCGUCUGUUACCACCGCUGAAUGUGAUGGUUACAUCCCCAUGAGCCCGAGGGCAUUCACUUUCCUAAAUGCAACCUGCAGUGCUGAGUCCUCCACGACUCUGAGCCCGCUCGUGUGUCAACCUGGAGAUUUCGCACCGCCUCCGAUUCACCGGCAUCUCAAGCCUCGCUUGAGGAGAGCUCGACCCCCACCUCUCGACUUGAGAGGCCUCUCCACAAUCACAGAAUGUCCCACUCAUCUACCUUUGAGCAGAGCAAUGACUGAAUCACGCUUUUCGGUGAACGGUUUACCUCCAGAAAGAAGACUUGAGAACGGGGACAAUUCAAGAGAUGACGACACAAACUGCGCAGCAAUUGAGUCAAUGCAACAGUUCUGUCUCACCUUUGACGGGGCGGUUCAAACCUGGGCAAGAAGAUCAAACCUUGACUAUUUGUCACUAGAUUUCAAUUCUGCAUCCCCAUCCCCUGUGCAGAAGAAGCCCUUUCUGUCUGAUGAGCACAGAGUGGAUUACGUGAAGGUGGAUGAAAAGAAGACUCAGGCACUGCAGAGCACCAAAAUGGAGUGGACUGAUGUCCGGCAGUCAAAAACAUAACUGGAAAAUAUGUGAAGAAAAAAAAAUCAGGAACACUUGGUUUCAAGAAGACCAACAAUAACACCAGCAAGGUGGACAUACACGAAGAGGACCAAAAACUAUCAAAAGCACUUUGAAAAACAGUAUUUAAAUGAAAGCACAAGAGUAAGUAAGCAGUAAGGUGCUUGUUUGCAGGGUGGAAACACAAAAUUGCACUGUAAAAACCUAAUUAACUCUCAGUAUGUCUGUACUGCAAAUAAUGCCAGAUUGUGCACUGUAUCACAAUGAUUUUUACUGUAGCAUUAAGUUUGACCAAAUGAAAAUGAAUGAAAGGGCAUCAUAUUGCUUCAAUGUAAAACAAAUCUUCAAGACUUUCUGUAAAUGUAUGUAUAGUAAUUGUGACUGUAAAGAAAACAAAUAUUUUAAUGAUUUUCUUCCUCUUUUUUUGUAUUUUUCUCCUUCCUUAUGUACCAUGAACCAGAAUGAUCCAUCAUGAGCUUCUCCUUCUCCCAAACUUAAAGCGAACUUCUCUUUCUGUGACCUUCAAAUUGAAGAUGUUUUUCACUUGUUUUGGUUCUGCGAUUGCACCGAGAGAUUCUGGAAACAAAUAAUAGGUAUUGUUUCCUGUAUAUCCCCACAAAUUAUAAUUGGGUAUACAGAGCUUCUAGUUCAGGCAUCUCAAGCCGGUUCCAUAAAGGGCUGCGUGGCUGCAAGUUUUCAUUCCAACCAAGGAGGAACACACCAGGCUGGAAUCAAUUAAUCAGCUGAUCUCAGUCUUCAGCUGAUAACUAAGUGAUCCCUUGAUGUUGAUUGGUUGGCCUGAUGUGCUCCUCCUGGGUUGGAAUGAAAACCUGCAGCCACGCGGCCCUUUAUGGAACCGGUUUGAGAUGCCUGUUCUAGUUUAAUAUCACAUCCAUGAGUCAAAGAAGCAAACCAUCGUUCUCUGUUUUUGUGCAAUGAGCAAUGUCAGAAAUUAUAUUGAAAUAAUUUCUUUCUCUUUUGAAGAAAAAGGCUGUUGUAACUGCAGUUAACAGAUCCAUUUUUUGUGUAACUUCCCCCCAUUUCCUUUACAUCUAAUGUCUUUUUUUAAUUUAUUGUGUUUUGGUUAUUUAUUUAAUUACUGUCUUUGGUCUGUUGUACGAGUCUUCCCCUGUGGCAUGGUCUCAUGUUUAUGCCCUGAAAGCUAUAAAUAAAAUUUAUAUAUUUAAAAAACUU